AUGGAGACGAAUGGUGAUGGUGGCGUCGGUGGUGGAACUGCAUCACCAACCUACCUACGUUUUGCUGAAUACCUUCCAGAGACGAAACUCACCGAAUUGCGAGAUAUUGCCAAGGCUAUUGUUGCGCCUGGUAAAGGUAUUCUUGCAGCUGAUGAAAGUGUGUCCACCAUUGGAAAGAGGUUUGACUCUGAACACAUAGCAAAUACAGAGCAGAAUCGUCGCAAAUACCGAGAAAUAUUAUUCUCUGCGGAUGUGAUUAUCUCGAAGUACAUCUCUGGAGUGAUUUUGUUCCACGAUACAGUCUUCCAAAAGACGGACGAUGGAAAGCCCUUAGUUUCACUCCUAGAGGCAAGUUAUGAUAACAAAAAAGAACGUUCCAUAAUCCCCGGAAUCAAAGUAGACAAGGGGCUCAAGCCGUUGGCCGGGACUAGAGGCGAGAACACUACACAGGGUCUAGACGACUUGGCUGAAAGGUGUGCGGAUUACAAAAAAAGGGGAUGCCAUUUCGCCAAGUGGAGAUGUGCUUUGAAAAUAACUGAACACACACCCAGCUACCUUGCUAUGCUUGAGAAUGCUAAUGUUCUAGCCAGAUAUGCUAAUGGAAUAGUUCCAAUCGUAGAACCAGAAGUUCUUCCAGACGGAAAGCAUGAUCUCUACGUUGCACAGAGAGUGACGGAAGAGGUACUGGCAUUUCAGUAUAAGGCACUAGCUGAUCAUCACGUCUAUUUGGAGGGAACGCUGCUGAAACCCAAUAUGGUCACUGCAGGACAUGACUGUCCAUGCACCUUCUCUUUGGAACAGAAUGCCGUUGCCACCGUACAGACUCUUCAGCGCCGUGUCCCUGCUGCGGUUCCUGGCAUAACCUUUCUCUCUGGCGGGAUGUCAGAGGUAGACGCAACGAAAAAUCUAAAUGCAAUCAACCAGUGCUCAAUGAAAAAGCCAUGGGCGCUCACGUUUAGUUUCGGUCGAGCGCUCCAGGCUUCGGUCAUUAAAAUUUGGUCGGGCAGGGAAGAGAAUGUUCCAGCUGCUCAGCACGAACUCAUCAAGCUCUGCAAGGCCAACAGCGAAGCUGCGCUGGGGACAUUCACUGGAGAUCUAGAAACAUCAGCUGGAAUUCAGUCUUUAUUUGUUGCAAACCACGUUUAUUAA